UAGAGAUGACUGUAGGAGUCAGUCGGGCUUGAUCCCAAAACACAAAAUACAUAUGGGUUUCGUCGCCUAGUGUUUGCUUCACUAUUUAACAUAAACCAUUUGAUAUUCUGAUUUCCAUCUCUGCGACCUAAAAAUCGCCAGAUUCCGUAUAUAAUGUGUUUAUGUAUAGUAUGAAGACCGUUCAUCGAAGAACAAGGCAGAUUUCACCAUUUAACACCAGGCUGUGAUUGAAAGGGUUUCCAUCUUGAACACUGUUCAGACAGACUUGGAAAAAUGGCAUCAAUUCCAUCCAGUGGAUCUCUUGUUGCUACCCAUGACUACUACAGACGGCGCAUAGGAUCUACUUCCAGCAACAGUUCUUGUGGCAGUUCAGAUUAUACUGGAGAAGUUAUUCCACACCACCCAGGUCUACCUAGACAAGACUCAGGACACUGGUGGGCCAGUUUUUUCUUUGGGAAGCAAAGUACACCUAUUGGACAUGACACCCAGCACAAGGCUGGAACCCACAUUAUAUCUAAUGACAAGGUGACUUGCAUUGCCAAGGAAAUGGUGCUGCAGAGAAAGCUGAGUGUAAGCAGUGAUCAAGGAAAUCCCGAGCCCAGCACUUCCCCUGACUCAUAAGCGCACAAUCCAUGCAGCUACCAGUUUUAAAAUCACUUUCUUUUUGACAGUCAUUGGAAAUAGACUGCUUUCUAUGUUGCUCAGGCUGCUUUUUUACUGAUGACCAAACAAUGUUUAUUAAAAUAAAAAAACCUUGACCACUUA